CGAACCCGCCUCCUCUCUGUCUCGUUACUUGACACCACCAUACACAACAAGACUGAGCAAUUUUCUCUUCAGUUGAGAAUUUAUCACAGUCGUUCCUCGCCCCCGUUUGCUUCGCGCCAUUAAAUUGUAUGCACGUAACGCAGGGGCUUUCGACCCGGAAGUUACCCAAAUAUGCCCAUGGAUGUAUUAUAAGAGCUCUUGUUAUACAUCCAUGAAUAUACCGGGCUGCAGCGUUUAAUCCCACCCACUGUGGGUUUGACUGUUGAAUUCGGGCGGGUUAAACAUUGAUUGUGAUUGGAUGCUGGAAUUUGGGCGGGUGAAUGCUCAAAUUACUGUAAAGAAACAUUGUGAUUGGUCCAUGGUAACAGACCGUUUUGGCGCGGCAGGUUAACUUCUUCCCGCCACUGAGAGCAACUUAAACAGUCAACAGCUUACAGAUCUCAAAGAAGGAAACAGUCCGGCUGUGGUUGAAGAAAAAGGACAAAAUGCCAAAGAUUUCAGAGAAAGACUGGAAAUCAGCCCUGACCUUCAUACUCCAGGAGCUGAAGGAGGAUCAGUACAAUAUACUGCUGGAAUACUUGUCAAAAAUCCCUCAAAGUCGGAGGAAGUCCAGAGAAGAGAUGCCUCAAAUAAUCAUUGAGCACUACGGAGUAAAAGAGUCCAUUUCAGAAAUCAAAGAAGCAAUGGAGCGGAUACCGAGGAGGGACUCUGCAGUCCAGGACCUGCUGCGCCCCUUUGUGGGCAAACUGAAGAACAAACGUGAAAAAGACAAAACGGGGAAAAAGAGGAAAUAUGCUGGUGAUCCAGAGCAUGAGGAGCAAAAGUCUUCAGCAGAUCAACUGAAGAACAGCCAACCUGACACGGAGAGAAACAACCAGACAUGGAGAAAAACCAUCCGUGAUCUGAAAGCCAGCGGUCAACUUCUUGACACAGAGGCCAUUGUUGGGAAAGUUAUGCAGAAAUCAGGGCUGCACACAUAUAAAAAACAGGAUGAUAAGGAAAACGCUUUCUUUUAUGUGUCAGUUGCUGAUGACACAGGAUUCAUUGAAGUGACGGUUUAUGGAAAACAUCGCUAUCAAGAAAUCAAUGAAGAGAGAUCCUACUUGUUCAGAAAGCUAAUUAUAGACAAGAAUGGUGUGAAAGUUAUCAAAAAGAGCAAAGUGCCAGAAACACAUGCUGUUGAAGUUCCAGCAGAGCUAGAGAAGGAAGCUCGGAAGCUCAUUUGUAUCCAGAGUCCAGUUUGCUCAGUCGCAAAAGCCAAAACAUAUCCUGAGAAGUAUGGAGUGAGUGUUGAAGGAACUGUUACAGAGAUUUAUCCCGUUAAAGAAACUGAGGUGACGUCCCAACAGAGGACGACAAAGACGCAAGAAUUCCACCUAGAAGAUGACACAGACUCCAUCAGCAUCUGCAUGUGGGGAGGAAACACCGAGCAAAGCAAAGAAAUAUCAGUUGGAGACGUCAUCAAAGUGACCAACGUGAAGACCAGUCACUACCAUGAUACCGUGUCGCUGAACUCUACUGGAUUCACCAGAAUUUUUACGAUUGAAAGGGCUCCUGUCCAGACAGUCAGAAUUCAGAUUCAGGCGAUCGAAAGCACCGAUACGCAGACGCAGACGUUCCUGGACGCAGUGAUCAACGGGCAGAUAAAAACAUUUGUUGUAGCUUCUCAACUUCUGGCGAGCGAGUUUGACUCGAUUGAUUUUAGAAAAAGUCUUCUUGAUAAAAUGCCAUUCUUAGCAGAUGUAGAAAUACAAGGAAGUAAAAUUAAUAAAAUGAAGUACAUCACAAAAAUCUGAUAAACAUAAACAAAACAUAAAACAUUAAUUAGCAGUUGGGCCAGUACCACGAGCAGGUAUGCUGACUAUUAUCUGAUGGCUAUGGUAAAUUGAAGUAUGGUUUUUAAUCAGCUUUGACUGAGCACUUUGGUGAUUUGUUCUCUUAUUACAUCCAUUAUCUGAACUAAGAGGGAUAUAAUAGUUUCAUAAUAGUUUGUAUAAUUUUACUGUACAGAAAUACAUUUCCUUCACCCGUUCUCUCAUUUUGUUGUUGAUGUUUUAAUGUUUUUUGUCGUGUUGUAAAAAAGCUGUUGGUACAUUUUUAUGAAUGUUUUCAAAAUGUCAGUAUCGAUUUCUGUCUCCUGUACAUAAACAUCUUUACUGUAUUAUCAUAUGUUAAUAAAGUGUGGAAGCACACUGAAUUCAGCAAAGAAAAUAAAUUGGUAAUGUU